AGGCGCGGAGCCGGCGGCGCUCGGCGGCGAGCGGGGCGGCGGGCAGCGCCAUGCGGGCUGCCGCCUGCCUCCUCUGCCUGGCGCUCGGCGCCCUGACAGCGGCCCCAGGAGGCGCCGGGCCGGCGACAGCGGCAGCGGGGCGGCGGGGCGAGAGCCCCUUCGCGGAGCGGGAGAGCAUCAGGCCCCUGCGGCUGGUCUCCGGCGAGGGCGGCGGCGGGGCGCGGUGGCCGGCGCUGAGCACACGGGUGCGGAGCGAGGCGGCGCGGGCACAGUCUACCCACAUUGCUCGAGCCAGCUUCCAGGUUGAUGCUUUUGGAUCAUCUUUCAUCUUAGAUGUGACACUAAACCAUGACCUGCUGUCUUCUGAAUAUCUUGAGAGGCAUAUCGAGCAAGGUGGGAAGACAGUGGAAGUUAAAGGAGGAGAACAUUGCUAUUAUCAGGGAAAAAUUCGAGGAAAUCCUGUAUCAUUUGUUGCCUUGUCAACAUGCCAUGGAUUACAUGGGAUGUUCUAUGAUGGAAAUCAUACUUACCUUAUUGAACCCGAUGAAAACUACACUUCAGAUGAUGACUUCCAUUUCCACUCUGUUUACAAAUCCAAGUUGUUUGAAUUUCCUUCAGUCGACCUGCCGUCUGAGUUCUGGCAGAUGAAUACAACAUCACAGAAUUUUGUUGUAAGGCCAAGACACAAAAGAAGGAAAAGGCAGGUUCGUCAGAUUCCACGUAAAGUUGAAGAGGAAACAAAAUACAUUGAGUUGAUGAUUGUAAAUGAUCAUCUAAUGUGUAAAAAGCACCGUUUGUCAGUUGGCCAUACCAACAGCUAUGCUAAAUCAGUUGUGAACAUGGCAGAUUUGAUAUAUAAAGAACAACUUAACACCAGGAUAGUAUUGGUUGCCAUGGAAACCUGGGCUACUGAUAACAAGUUCACCAUAUCUGAAAACCCCUUGGUGACUCUACGUGAGUUUAUGAAAUAUAGGAGGGAUUUUAUCAGAGAGAAAAGUGACGCAGUUCACCUUUUUUCGGGGAGUCGAUUUCAGAGCAGUCGAAGUGGUGUAGCCCACACUGGUGGAAUCUGCUCCUUGCUUAAAGGCGGAGGUGUGAAUGAGUUUGGAAAGCCAGACUUAAUGGCAGUUACCCUGGCACAGACCUUGGCCCAAAACAUUGGCAUUUUCUCUGACAGAAGAAAACUUCUAAGUGGUGAGUGUAAGUGUGAGGACAUGUGGUCUGGAUGCAUAAUGGGAGAUAUGGGGUACUAUCUUCCAAGCAAGUUCUCCGAGUGUGAUAUUGAAGAGUAUCAUGAAUUUUUAAACAAUGGAGGUGGAGCUUGCCUUUUCAAUAAACCAACCAAACUUCUGGAUCCUCCAGAAUGUGGCAAUGGCUUUGUGGAAGAUGGAGAGGAAUGUGACUGUGGGACAAUAGCGGAGUGUGCCAAUGAAGGAGGAGAGUGCUGCAAUACCUGCACCCUGACCGCGGGCUCCCAGUGCAGCAACGGGCUCUGCUGUCGCAAGUGCCGGUUUGAACCUAAAGGAGUUUUGUGUCGAGAAGCAGUGAAUGAUUGUGAUAUUGCAGAGAACUGCACAGGAAAUUCCAGCCAGUGUUCUCCUAAUAUCCAUAAAAUGGAUGGAUAUUCAUGUGAUAACAGACAGGGUAUUUGCUUUGGAGGAAGAUGUAAAACCAGGGACCGGCAAUGUAAAUAUAUAUGGGGUGAAAAAGUGACAGCUGCUGACAGGUACUGCUAUGAGAAACUGAAUAUUGAGGGGACUGAGAAAGGAAACUGUGGAAGAGACAAGGACUCGUGGAUACAGUGCAAUAAACAGGAUGUGCUUUGUGGAUACCUUCUGUGCUCCAACAUAUCCAGUGUACCCAGACUCGGAGAACUUGAUGGUGAAAUCACAACAUCAAUCUUGCACUAUGGAAAAGUCUAUAAUUGCAGCGGUGGCCACGUGAAGCUCGAUGAGGACACGGACCUGGGCUAUGUGGAGAACGGGACGCCGUGUGGGCCGGACAUGGUGUGCCUCGACCAUCGCUGCCUCCCCACCGAGGCCUUCAACUUCAGCACCUGCCCAGGCACUACUGACGGCCAGAUUUGUUCAGGACACGGUGUUUGUAGCAAUGAAAUAAAGUGCGUCUGUGACCGAUUCUGGGGAGGAGAUGACUGCAGUUCUCACAUCAAAGAGGAUUUAUUUUUUGAUAAGGAUGCCAUCAAUAAAGGUGUGGUUAGCACAAAUAUAAUAAUAGGGGCUAUUGCUGGCACCAUUUUAGUGUUGGCUCUCGUUUUAGGAAUAACUGGUUGGGGUUACAAAAACUACAGAAGACAGAGACAAAUACCCCAGGGAGAUUAUGUUAAAAAGCCGGGAGAGGCCGACUCUUUUUAUAGCGACAUGCCUCCUGGAGUCAGCACAAACUCUGCAUCUAGUUCUAAGAAGAGGUCUGCUUUUCUGUCGCAUUUUCAGAUUUCUACCUGUUCCAUCACCCAUUAUUCCAUUAGUCAGAACAUUUCAUUGUUUUGCAGCAGGUCAAAUGGAUUAUCUCAUUCCUGGAGUGAAAGGAUCCCAGACACAAAACAUAUUUCAGACAUUUGUGAAAAUGGGAGGCCUAGGAGUAAUUCUUGGCAAGGUAAUAUAGGAGGAAACAGAAAGAAAGUCAGAGGCAAAAGAUUUAGGCCACGGUCUAAUUCAACUGACCGGGUAACCCAUGCAUCUGAGCCUGGGCUUUCUCUCGCCCACCAAAUCCCUGCCCAAGGCAUAAGCCCAGGGGGUUCUGACCCCCCCCAAACAGGGAGUCGGGAUCACAGGUAUUUAAACCCAUGGUUCAAAAGAGAAUAUAAUGUAGCUAAGUGGGUAGAAGAUGUGAAUAAAAACACAGAAGGACCAUACUUUAGGACACUGUCUCCUGCAAAGUCUCCAUCUUCAUCCACUGGAUCUAUUGCUUCCAGCAGAAAAUACCCUUACCCGAUGCCACCACUUCCUGAUGAAGAGAAAAAAGUCAACAGGCAAAGUGCCAGGCUAUGGGAGACAUCCAUCUAGCUGCACUGUUUUCCUGGGGUCACAUCAGAACUGUUUACUUUGGAUUUUAUAGAAACUCAGCAUCACUGAGUCACUGCACAUUCAUCUUCUCUUCAGACAAUUCGAAAGAUCAACAGAGAUGCCCAUGAUAUUGCAGUGAUAACCUCCUCACAUGGAAAGGAAAAAACAGUCUUUUUUUUUUUUUUCUUUCUAUUUUUUGUUAACUUGUAUUUUAUGGAUUUGAUGAACCACCAAAACCGUAACAUUUGACAGAGAAUAAUUAGCCCAGAUGUGACAAGGCUGUUCCGCAUGGUGACAUAGAAUCCCAGCUGCAGUCCAUUUGCCAGUUCUGUGUAAGAGAGGUUUUUCUCUGGUUUACUGCAAUCCUGAGUCAGACCAUAGUGGAACUGGGAACAUGCCUCAUGGAGAGCCCAGCUGAUGUAAACUUGUAUGCUGUAUGCAUGAACCUUGUGUUCUUUACUUUCUACAUGUAAGGGAAAAACAACAUACUGUAGUAGAGACUAGCAUGCAGGAAUAAGAAAUAUAGGAUUUUUUUUUUUGUGACAGGAUUUCAAGCUUUGAAAGGUACCUAUUUGACAACAAACAGCAAACAAACAAAGAUAUCUUUUUUUUACCUUACAUGUUUAUAAUCUCAGUAUACAGAUUGUAUAUAUGUAAACAAUUCAAUAAUGUCAAAAAUAGCUGUUAUACGUAUGUGUAUUUUGCCAAAUGCCUAAAGAAACAGUCAUGACUAACAUCAUCACACUUCAGAUUUUCUAAUAUUAUGAGCAGAUAUCCUUGGAAUUACAGAAAGUACACUACUGUAAAACUGUGUCUCUCAGAAACUGGUGUUUGACCAAAAUCUAUACAACCUUUUCAGCAUCUUAUAUUGUCUUGACAAUCUCAGUUGUACAGUAGACUGCAGAAACCAGUACAGCAGCACUUUGUCUUAAAUCAUCAUAAGAGGAACCAGCCAAAAUCCCAUGUUUAGCAAGAUAACCACUGUAUCCUCUCACAGGUGUAAUCAAGAAUGAUUUGGCAGACAACAGAGUCUUUAAGUCAUGUGCAGCCCAAACUUACUGAACAUUUGGGAAUACUCUUAAGUGGUCAAUUCAGGAUGUGGUGAUGUGAAGUCUGUCUGUGAGAGUUGCUGUGUAUUUUUGAUAGAGCAUUUCAGACACUGUUUUAGAUGGCAAGGCAUAGGUUUAUGAGAAGCAUAACAAUUUUGCUGCACUAGAUAAUAACAAUGCUGGGCAAGUGGCCAGUUUCGUUGCUGUCUUUCAAUUUUAAUUUGUUACUGGAAUUGCUUUUACCAUGUGCUUGAAUGCUAUGCUUGUUGCCCCUGAAGCCCCCUUGACAAUUUUUUGGGGCAUUAAACUGAGCACAAGUGAAUUUAGCUUAAAAAUAAUGGGUUGGGGGGGAACAACUCUUUACCAUGUUAAUCUUGUGUAUAAGUUGAUGGUUAUAUUUCUAACACCUGAGACUUCUAAGCAAAGUUGUUAUAAAGCAAAUGCCUUCUGACUGGGAAUUUUCAGUUAUUAAGAAACUGGACCAUAUUAAAUCAGUUUAUAAUUCUCUAGUUUUCCAAAACUGACUACUUCUUAGCUUCAGGUAGUUUCGCAGAAUAGCAGAAUAAAACACCCAACCUUGUGGUGCAGUUGAACACCCUACCCAACAGCUGUAUGAUUAAUUAGAUAUUAUUGUAAUGGGAACAUCUAUGGUGUUUCUGAAUCUUCUACCUCUUUCAUGUAUUUCCUUUAGUAAGUGAACCCAACACUUGCAGCCUUUUAAUGUAUUUUUUUAACUUUUACGUCUCAAUAAAGUCAGAUAUAUGUAAGAUUAAAUUAAGAAAUGUUUAAAGAUGUUGGCAGCUGUAAAAUAUGUAAGAUUUUUAGAAGCAUUAUAUUUUAUGAUUAGGCUGUAUGUUGGAUUACAAAAUAUUUGCCUUGGCAUUCAAAUGAUUUUCCUGCACAGUCAAUAGGUUCUGGUAAGUAUUUGGAAAAAGACAAAUAUAAGUGAGCAUAAAUGGGUGCAGACUGACCAUCUGGAAGGAGACAGUCACUUGUAACUGGUUUAGGGUAAGAUUCAGCAUUUUUAUGAAAGGUAAAUAUAUCAAUCUGCACUGAAGAAUAUCUUUUGCAAAUAUUUACUUUGAGGGUAUCUAUCUGGAUUAAAGCAAAUUGAUAGCAUGUAGCUUAUGAAAUUAGGGUCUGAGCCAUAACUUGAAAUCAAUAUGUCUUUGUUGAUUUCACUGGACUUUGAGCAGGACCCUCAAGAGGUUCACCCACAUUAGGAUAUUAUGAUAACCUGAUCGUCGAUGUAUUACUCUGUCGCCUGGAAGCCGGUUUUCCCUCCAUAUUCAUAUCUUGUCUUUAGUAACUGGACUGUUCAUCUUGUGCCUUUUAUAGUAUUUCUUUGGAUACAAACUGGCAUAUUGUUUUGAAUAAUCUCAUUAGAUUUCUGUGCAUGUCUUACGUUUACCACUGUUUACUCUUUUCUUUCUAUUUUGCCUUACCAAGAAGCAGCAAGAUUUGGCAGACAGAACUGGGUAUAACAUACUGGCUCUUUCUGCUAUGUUCAUGGCUUCAUGUUUUGCAAACAAAUGGCCCUCCUGACUGUAUUUUCAAUGUAGUAUGUACUUCCAGCUUCUUUUGUUUUGGUAUAAUUCAUUCGUAGCAUAUGAUGAUACUCAUGUGUGUAGUGUACCUUUAACAGUCACCUUUACAUUUGGAGAUAUGUAGUGACUGGAAGUCUAGUUAUGAGCACAAAGUUUAAGUUGAAUAAAUGUUGAUUUUCACUUUGGUGGUCUAGAGUGAGAAUAUCACAGGACUUGUGUUUUUGCAAAAUUCUUCUGCAGAGAACUUUGCAUCAGAUUGGUAACUUGGGAGACCUGAACUGGCAGGGCUGUGUGAGCAUCCCAAACCAGUAGAGGUUGGACAGAGAAGUUGUUUGCUUACAAGCUGUCAUUUCCUACUUUAAAAUGUGAUGUGUUGGAAAGCUGACAGAUUAAUAACCUUGAAGAUUGCAAAUAUUUUUAUCCACUGUAGGUAGUUACACUGGCAAUAGCAAUAUAAACUGCUGCAUAAUACCUCAUCCAGACUAAAAUAGAGUACUUGUCACUAAUAUAGUUCAGUCAUUUUGACUCAUUGAGACUCAUGCAAUUAUUUUGGUUUUAUUUUAAUAAAUGAAAUAAAUAGUUAUUGCCAACUAUGCUGUAGAUGCCUGUUGAAGAGAGGAAGCUAUCAAUUCUCAACUAGAACUAAUUGUUUACAUGAGCAUAGGACAGGCAGGAUGAGAUAUACUUAAGUUACCUUUAUGUAUUUCAAUGUGGGAGAAGAAUCCUGUGUAAUUUAUAAUAAAAUUAAUAUGACUAACUGAUGGAGACUGGAAAAUUGAGAUUGUAUCUAAAAAUAACGCUGCACAAUGAUGCCACAGUUUAACAAGUAAAGAUUUACCUACUAAUUCUGGAUUUGUUGACUUAAGAAAUUUAAUAAUCUCAGGCAAUAUACCAGAGAUGGCUGUGACUGAUAAUUUACAUAUAGUUUUAUUAUAUUUAAGUAACUAGAUUCAAGAAGAUUGAUCAUUUUAUACAGCCUGUCUUUGCUUAAAGUGUGAACUGAAGUCAC